UCAAAGUUCUUCGCAGUCGACUGCGGAAAACAGCAGUCUCUUUAUUUACGUUUCGCCAUCGUUUAGAUUUUCAAGGGAAACAUUUUGCAGUAAUUAAUUUUCCUGAAAUUUAGUGAGCAAAACCCGGUGCAAAUCCUGUUGAACCAUGGCGGGUGGCGCGUCGCGAGUCCCCAUCUCGAUGCUGCUGCAGGACAAAUCCAGCCUGCCGGAGGAUGACGAGGAGCCGAAGAAGCAAUCACGCGAAGAUUGGCGCAAGGCCAAAGAGCUGGAGGAGGCCCGGAAAGCGGGAACUGCUCCGGCCGCCGUGGACGAAGAAGGCAAGGACAUCAAUCCGCACAUCCCGCAGUACAUUAGCUCGGCCCCCUGGUACUACAACACGGCCGGACCGACGUUGAAACAUCAGCGGCCACAGGAUGACCGGAAGAAGGAGGUCUCCGGAAUCGACGAGUGGUAUAGGCGCGGAGUGGACACCACCAAGGUGGUGACCAAGUUCCGAAAGGGAGCGUGCGAGAAUUGCGGCGCCGUGACGCACAAGAAGCGCGAUUGUAUGGAGCGGCCACGGAAGGUGGGGGCGAAGUUCAAUGGAGCGAAGAUUGCCCACGAUGAGUUCGUGCAGCCGAAGAUUACGUCCGAUUACGACGGGAAGCGGGAUCGGUGGGCCGGGUAUGAUCCGGCCAAUCACCGGGAGAUCGUGGAGGAGUACCAGAAGAUCGAGCAGGCUAAGAGGGAGCUGAGGGCGCAGAAGCUGAAGGAGAAUCCGGAUGGGGGCACGGAUGAGGAAGCGGAUGAGGACGACGAGGACAAGUACGUGGACGAGGUGGACAUGCCGGGAACGAAGGUCGACUCGAAGCAGCGGAUCACGGUCCGAAACCUCCGAAUCCGUGAGGACACGGCCAAAUAUCUGCGCAACUUGGACCCGAACUCGGCGUACUACGAUCCGAAGACGCGUUCCAUGCGUGACAACCCGAACCCGAAUUUGAACCCGGAGGAGACGGACUUUGCCGGGGAGAACUUCGUCCGCUACUCGGGCGAUAUCCAGAAGCAUGCCCAGGCGCAGCUGUUCGCUUGGGAGGCCCACGGAAAGGGUGUGGACGUGCACGUCCUGGCGGAACCGACCAAGCUGGAACUGCUGCAGAAGGAGUACGAGAAGAAGAAGGAUCAGUUCAAGGACGACGUGAAGAACACGGUGCUGGAUAGAUACGGCGGAGAGGAACACUUGAAGGUUCCUCCGAGGGCACUGCUGCUGGCACAGACGGAACACUAUGUUGAGUAUAACCGAUUCGGGAAAGUGGUUAAGGGAGAGGACAAACCAAUAAUCAGAUCCCAGUACGAAGAGGACGUGUUCACGAACAAUCACACGAGCGUUUGGGGCUCAUUCUGGAAGGACGGAGUCUGGGGCUACAAGUGUUGCGAAUCUACGAUCAAGAACUCGUACUGCGUCGGAGACAAUGGCAAGACGUCCGGAUUGGCCAGACCGCCAAUGGAUUCCGAACCGAUUGCAGGUCCUUCCAAGAUCGUAACUUCGGAUUAUCAGAGAGAGUUACCACCAGUGGUCACUCAGAAGCCGACGAAGAAGGAUAGUGACGACAAGGAGGAUGAGGAAUCUGGAAGCAGUAGUAGCAGCAGCAGCAGCAGUGAGUCCUCCUCGGACUCCGAGGAAGAGCGCAAAAAGUCCAAGAAGUCGAAGAAGAAGCGCAAGAAGGAGAAACGUCGCCAGAAGCGAGAAGAGAAGAAGCGCCAGAAGCAAGCGGAGAAGUCCGCCAAGGUCAAGGACAAGCUGCAGCUGGCGUUGAUGGCCGAGGAGGAGCACCAGAGGCGGGCUGGGGAGUUGCUCAAGAUGGACGAACGCAAACGACCGUACAAUAGUAUGUUCGAAGCGAAGGCCCCGACCGAGGAGCAGAUGGAAGCGUACCAGAUGAAGCGACGGCGGGACGAGGAUCCGAUGCUGCAGUUUAUGGAUAAGUAGGACUAAGAUUUGAGUUUAGCUGUUAGGUGUGUAACAAUGUUCUUCUCGUGCAAAA